AUGUCUAGUCAGCACGGAUCGGACUAUGACUGGAGGACCGCACCUAUUGAUCCUCAGGCUGUGUAUGCAAGUGGUGGAAAACCCCAUGGAAGGUACUCGAUGUUCGAUAACGUCAUCGACUCGAGCAAGGUGACGGUUCAAAGGGGAGGUUCGUCGAGGUCUGCUGCUCGUAGCUCCCAUCGCUCUACUCAGGAUACUGCAGAAGUUGAGCGACUACGAGAAGAGCUUAGGCAACAUCAGGAGCGACAAAGGGUUCAGGAGGAAUACUUGAGGCAACAUGCUGCACAACAAGAAUACUAUGCUACUCAGUUUCAACAACAGCAAGCACUGAUACAACAACUAGCACAAGCCCAAGGAAUACAGGUUCCGAUGGCCCCCCCACCUCCACCUCCCAUACACUUUCCUUGGCCUUCACCUCCACCUGUACCUACCGAACAUCAGGUAUAUGAGACUCCUCCAGCUACCUUGUCGGUGCAGCAACAAGAUGACGACUUAGACUUUAUCAAUGCGCUCUUUGCCAGUGGAGGUAGCGAGCAUCACUCUUCGCUAUUUCCUGAUGUUGAUCGACAGUAGUGGGCUUCCAUUCGAUGUGUUUUGUGAGACUUGAAACUUUUGUGUCUUGUGAGACUAUUGUGAAUUGUUA